UUCCGUUGGCGCGGUGGCCCGUGGCCCAGUGGAAGGGUAAGCUCCCACUCACUCGUAGUAUAGCUUAGAGCUUGCCUAUACCAACCAAGCUGUCUCGUUACCCCGUGGUGGCCAUCGUCAGUAGCAACUGCCGUCUAACCAACCCAUUGGGAGAGAAGACCGGGCUUCAGCUCGGAUUUUGUUUGUUCAGUAAGUCAUUUGGUUGGUUUGCGGUGUGGCCUUUGCUGUUGCUCGCGUUCUCUGUGUUGUCAGGACGGUCAGCACGCGACCGUACCGUGUCGGCCACCUUCGCUGCGGCGGUUGCAGUGUACUGUGCCGAAUCAAGCCAGAUCAUUAGUAACUCAGCUUCGACGGACGUGGUUGUCAGACAUCGAGUUUGGGUAAUGGCGCUUAGCUGAGAGGCUUGGAUAGCGGCCAUUGCUACAGGAUAAAAGGAAAGCCGAACAGAAGCUCAUGCAAUGAUCAACCUUCAGGGGGACAUAGCCGAACGACAUAAGUGGUGCACGCAACGGCUUAACGGAUUAUUCCAUGCUUCGAAGACUCGUCUCUAACGCCAAGCUUUCCCUCUCUCUCACUGUUAGUCAUUGCUGAGGGCGAACCUUAUAGCGCGCUUUGCUCUCGACAGCCGAAGCGGCGGCGGUAGUAGUGGCGCGGCUCUCACCUCUUAUGCUAGUCUGGAUUGGUUGGCGAGCAGUGGGCAGCCAGUGCCGUUCUCUGUCACCAACGCCACAAGAUUUCGGCGAUCGGGUCGGCCCGUCGGUCCGGAUCGGACCAGACCGCUGAUCCAGCUGGCCCACUAAAGUCGAAUCUUGGAUGGGUAGAAUGUAGAAAUGUAGAGAUCUCGCUAGCCACUCAGCGCGCUGGUGGUGCUGAUGAUGGUGUAGACUCUAUUCAUACUCGUGGUCAUCGGGUCGUCGCUAGCCGUCGUUCGCAAAUGUAACAGAACGGGUGUUGUAAAAACAUUUCUUUCGUAGUGUUGUAUGCAUUUGUUGCUGAGUCGCGACGGCUGUCCUAUUCGCGGUGGCACAGGCUACAUUUUAGGCGGUAUCACAAACCCCGACGACCAUCAAAACCGAGUGUGACCCGAACGUGACAGGGCUACCAGCGCGCCAAUCUAUUUCUUGUUUGCGAGGCGAAAAAAUGUCGCCGCGGCCAUCGUACCAACAGCUACACCAGCAGCAGCAGCAGCAACAGCAGCAGCGGCAGCAGCAAAACCGGCAGAAUCAGUCGUGACACGCGAUGCUGCCGUCGUUUCGGUUAGCCGACAGCGAGGGCAGCAAUUAGAGAGCGGGCAACGACAACAACAACAGCAGCGGCAACGACGACAGACAUAGCAAAAUGUUAGCGAAAUAACAGGCAAGAAAAUCAGGUCCGAUACGGCCAUAGCGAGAAGCAGUAGCAGAGAGAGUAAAUGGCUUUUCAAUGAGAAAGUCACUGGAUUUUAUUUACGUGGUCGGUGUCUGGUAGCUUACUUUUACUGGUGAUGGUUUGGUGCUGCGCAUGUGCGUCUAUUGAGCAACUAAAGUGCUGAGUGAAAAAUAUCUGCUCGUAUAGACUAUCUCGGAACAGGUUCAAGCUUUGAAGAGCUCGCCUUCUCGCUUCCUUCUUCUUCUGAUUGUUAUUAAAUCUUUUUAUCAUCUCUUGUCUGAUGCUGUUGGCGCUUUCCUCUUUCCUUUGUAUUGUCCGUACCUAGAGACUCUUUAUUUCCUUGCCGCACUCGUGCAUGUAUACAGAGAAACUGUGUGUUUCUGCAGCAGCAGCAGUAGCAGUACGGAGUGCCGCAACGACGGUCAGCAGUAUUUUCAUGGAAUCUUAACCGAUGAGCUGCUAUCGGUGCAUCUCCAAUUGAAUGAACGAGAAAAUUCGCAAAGCUGGGAUGUGAGCGGGCUUCGUUUCUGGCAUUUUGUAUGUUUUGGUGAGUGUGGAAUGUGAAUACGUCUUUGCGUUUGUUUGGUGCGGCUGUUCACAGGUGGAAGGUAUUUAUCAGUCAUUUUUUUCUUGCUUACCUGUCAACGGUGGGCAUCUCGCAUGAAUAAUAGAAUGUAGAGCAGGGACGAAUUCGCUGUCAAAGUGGUGGUGAUAGCUGUUGUUUGGGUGUGUAGCAGGAGGUGAGGCCCAGGCCUAGCGAAGAGUGACAAUCGUUUUAUGAAAUAGUAGCACCAGUUGGAGCGGGCACAAAAGGAACUUCAGGGAAACUGGGAGGGAAAAAAAAAGAAAAGGGGACUUUUUUGACUUGAAACGAUGUAUCCUUCACAGGUUAAAAUCCAUGUUGUUGGUCAUCGUUGUUACUGUCGUUGAGAGCAUCAAGAUAUAUUCCUAUCCGUGAGGUCUACCGCAAUGGAAGUGCAGGAUAUUUCCGUUGCCCUAUAGCCACCUGGAAUGCGGUGUUUUUUCAUCAUCUUGCUGCACGUCGCUUUGCUCAUCAGUGUUUCAUCGUGUAGAUCGCUCGGCGUGAGCGUCUAGGAGUGCUGUUCAGAGAAAAAGGUUAUCAGAACCCUGUUGCACACCAUAACUGCGACGAAAUUAGCAAGCGUUGCGAUACAUAGAAGAUUUGAUAGCUCAUCGAAUGGGAUAGAAAAAUGUAUUCUUUCUCCACAAAGAACAAGACAGGAUAAACGACUUCGACCACGAAGGUAUAUACGAAAACUGAGACAUUUCGACAAGAGCACAUGAAAAUUGUUGUCGAAACCAUCGGCAACAACAGAAAGUAUUGUUUUGUCAUUUUCGAGAAUAACGAACGAACAGAAAGCAAACAGCAAGAAAAAAUGUCGGCUUUAAGUGAUCUCAUUAACAGCGAUGCGGUAAAGCAUCUUUUGAGCGGGUCUUGGGACGGCUCACCGGUGACAUACAUGGCCAAAUUUGAGAUGGAACGUCGUCCCUUGGUUUGUCCUUUACUCCAGCGACUCGACCUGCCUGAUCGAAGCGUCAUAAUGAUCCAGCCUUUGAAACGAAGUUCGCAGCGCUGCGGAGGCGGGGGUGGAAACAUGAUGCGAUCUAAAAGCUCGGGCUCAUCGACGCUGUACAUCGACGAUGACGACUCGCUUGAGGAGACUGGUGGAUGUCUCGCCGAUCUGACAGGCUGUCCUUUCGAAUGGACCCCUGGCGGGCUCAACACGCAUUCCAUGAGUCUCCUCGAAUCUCCCCCAUAUGAUUCUCAGAUAAAUUCCCCAUGCACUCCGAGCGUGCCGCCGUCCUCAUAUCUCCCCGAUAGAAGUGCGGUCGCUAACGGGGUUUCAGGUGGUGGCAACUCGGAACAGAUGGUCCUCUAUAGUAGAGUAGCAGGUGCAGUUGCUGGAGUACCCGCAGUAUCGUCCUCGGGCGUAAGCGGUGGUACGUUCUACGCCUCACCGCUGCGACCCCUUCCCGCAGAUGAAGCCACUUCGGUCCUCAAUUCGUUGAGCAGCGUGCUGGCCAACUCUGUCGCUUCCACACCCGAUGGACCACCCAGACAGGUUCCGCCGGUGUGGAUUCCGUGCGAUGGUGCCGACCCACAGUAUACAGCCUUUCUUGGCCAACAUCGAGCCGAGGGAGUCGCAUCUAGAGUGGUCGUCACAUGCCGCGGACCCGUUGAGUCAAAAGAUUUGCCGACAUAUGGGUGCAUUUUACGAAAGCAUUUCUGGGGUCUGUCCCAGCACCACUGCCACACGACUACUCAGCUCUCCUCUCGCUACGACGUCCUUAACAUCUAUUCGCUUUCCGAGCCCCGAUUUGCUUCGAGCGCCAAUGACAUCAUGCAGAUUGACUGUUGCUGGAACGGUCGGGCAACCCAUUUAUUGCAAGCCCCUGUGAUCGAUGCUGUGUGCCAUUUGACGGUACAGAUUUCGCCAGGCAACGAGAAGUCGCCAUGUCGGUCCAUUUUCAAGGAACUACAGCAUAUGCAGAAUCUCGUCAGUUGCCUAAGUUCAGGCGAAAUGGCGUGGCAGAAAGACUUUUCUUUCCCCCCCUUUAUGGAGAAAAUUAAAAAUCUUUGCAAGAGUGCGCGGGUAGGCGUUAUUCGUCCAACAAAUAAUGUUAAACAAUCAGCACUUGACGCUGCUUGGGACAUGGCCGAUUUUAAUAUCUGUCUUGAAACUGUCGUUGCCUCAAAAAGGCAGCCGGUUGAUUUCACUGAUGAACUGUGGACAAUCAUCUAUGGGUGCGCCAACUAUCAAGAGCUCAAGGACGCUCUGUCGUACGUCUUCAGUCAAGUGUCGAGUGGCCAAAUCAAACCGUACGUAGCGCCGAACAAUCACACACAGAUGGCGCAAGUGCUACGUGAUAUGUCCGCACAACUCUGUUCCGAACCGACGUUACAAGGCGUCACGCCGUUAACGCUUGUUGCUGAGAUGGGUCUCCAAAAGUUGCAGCGAGAUUAUUUGCACAUAUUCAGCGGUCUCGAGCUCGCCAGUGCUGAGCAGUUGGCGCCAUUCUUCCGCGGAGCAGGACCUCUACGAUCAUUUCCCGACCUCGGCACAGCUGUCAACGAGCUUCUUCGGGUGCAGGGCGUCCUCGAUAUGGUCAUGUUGUGCAAAACGAACUUGCAUCUGCCCAUUCAUUAUCUGAGCGGCUACGCUCGCGAAGCACUCAAACAGUUGCAGGCCCAAUCGCAGAUAGAGACGCGACCAUCGACGCAACCGGCGCUGCCAAUUCCUGCGCCAGCGCCCUUGGCGCCUUCUUUUUUUGGGCAUCGGUUUCGCUUCCCACUAAAGGUUGCACUCGUCCGAGCUAUCCUCGACUCAUUACCGCCAUCCGAGUGGACGGCCUCGAUUAAGAGUCGGCAAGGCGCCUACGCGGCGCACACUAUUACGCACAUCUCACAACGGGCCCCAUUUAAUCAUCUGACGAGGGACACAAGCUACGAGGCGCACUACAGUCCUCGAGAUCCAGACUAUUUUUGUACCCUCGUGAACUGUACACAAGACAAGCUCCGAUGAGUGUAACCUCAGCCUCGCACAGACGCAGUGCUCCCCAACAGCAUUUCUAUAUCCAAUCUCAUUCCCUUUGGUCUGUCUCCCCGACCCCUCGCCUAGCCUCAGCCCCACGUAUCUCUCUUCCCGCCAAUGCCUUUGUAUCCUUUCUGCUUUAAAUCUUUUCGCUAUACCAAUUUUUUGCGGUACUCUUACAAAUACAAUUUGUGGAUAGAUGGUUUAGUCAGCUAGCAAUACACAUAGAGCACAGUAAUGCAUUUGUCUUUAUCGGUUAAGUAGGCUUGUCUACCGGCCCAUUUUUCACCCAUAUUUGUAGGUGAUAGGAACAUGACACAAGUGACCAGACGUUUAUAUGUCUCAGAAGUGCAUGCUUAUACAUCUAAAAGCUACAAAAUUUCUUGUGACGAUUUUCACUCGGCUUUUUUUUCCUAUAUUCUACAUAUCGAUGUUUACUUAGCCAUUUUUUUCAAAGUUGUGUUUUAGCCUUUACCUCCUAUCGAAUAUGUCUAAAACCGCUCGUUACACGCAAUAUAAGCACGAUCUGCCUCAGCUGGUCGGUUGGGUAGAUGUAUAAACUCCGUCCCCACCAGUGCGAAUACUGCUGCUGUUUUGUAGAAGCGAUUGGUUGCUUCAAUCAGGUUGUAUCUAUCUUUUUCAUCUUAUUUCUGCAACGAAUAUUCGCUUGUAUUUUCCGAAAGACAUCUACUUUUGUCAGCCAAACUAAAUCAAUAUCCUUCUGUACACAAAUUCCCGCCUCAACAAUUAACACCAUACAAUGAUGAAUCUCUCUAAAUCUACAUCCAUUACUAGAAGUAGCUGUUGUUGUUGCGAAGACAAGUGCUCAUGCGAACCCCGCCAAGGUCACGUUGAAAUAAGGAUUUGGACCAAGCUAUCGACUGAUGUUGGAUGCAAGGUAACGGAAAACCAAAACAUGGAGCGAGCGAGGACCGUGUCCUAUUUACCAGUAUUUAGAUAGACAUUGACCUUCGGUGGGGUCGGGAAGCGGAUCGUGCCGGAGCAGAAAAGAAUGAAUUGUUUAAAAUCAAAGUUCAAACAAAUCAAGAACAAGUACAUAUUAGAAAACAAAUUUACAAAGAUAUAGAAACGAAACAACUAGGGACACGCUAGUAAACGCCGGUGAAAAUAUAAUAACAUGACAAAGAAAAACACGGCGUACGCCAAAUGGCCAUCAUACCCCAAACAUGCAAAAUCUGUCGUCAUAAAUGACCUGAUCGUUGAAAAAUUGAGUAUUAACAAGGCGUGAGUAUAAUUUUCUGAGUUGAUUAGUCUAUAAAAUCAUAGUGAGAUCGGGUGUGAUGUCCCUCAGGAUUCGAACUAACCAUCUUUAUUCUCGAGAAACGUGGAGAAAGAAACAGCUUCAACCUAAAAGGUGAUCUGAGGAAGUGAUGUUUGGGUUGUGAGUACUGUAUAACAUUGAGUGAGAUACAAGAAACGACAACGGAAAGUACUUGCGUAAAACUUUUUGCAUAAAACUGAAUUUAUAAGGCGAAAACGAAAAGACGUCGCCACCAUGAUGAACCAUGACAAGUUAGAUAGGAAAAGUACGAUAUGUUACGAAAAAAAGUUGUACUUGAGAUGUCUGAAGUCUCGUCAUAGUCUCCUUUCUGUUAACUGCACAUACGCGUAUGUAUUUGGUAUCAGGUAAGAUUCUUAGCUCAUGCGCGGUUGAUUCGUCGGUACAGUAAACCUAUCGUCCCAAGUAUAGCGAUGGCCCGUCAUUGCCGUUAUAAUUCACUUCAAUGCAUGAUGCAGGCCUACAGUUGACAGCGUCCAUAGUCCUGCUUCGAAGGGCUCCACGCUCGAAACGUUGCGUAGGUAUGGGAACGGCUGACGCAACGAUCUAUCCUAGAAGUGAUAGAAAGUACUACUAACGUUGUAGCGAAUUAUGACUGUUCUACAACGUGCAGAAUCGUUAUGAGAUGUUAAUGUAAAUGGAAACAUUUCAAUAAAUGUAAACAAUUUUUCUGCGCGGAGCGUUUACCAGCAGGUUAUAAAGGUCACUGUAAUUCUGUUCUAAACGAGCCCUUAGGGAUACUUUGCUCUGAAAGUUUAUCCGUGCACACAUGCUUAUAGCUAAGCUAAUGAGGACAAGUACACGAGUGGAAACAAUUACGGAAGAUCGAAUGACUUUGAGUGAAUGGCGUUUAUUCACUCGUUGUUAUAGGCGGGUAAAUCUGGGCACGGGGUCGUAUAAUGGAGUUGCAUAGAGCCUUUAAACGGGUGAAUGAAUCUGAUAAAUUUUGAUUUAAACUUUAAGAUGAACUUGAACUAAGAAAAUUUACCUGACAACAGAGAGAAUAUUACCACUAUGUGACAAUGUCAGGGUUGUUUCCGCGUUAUAAUGUGCUUGCGUUAUGUAUAUCAUGUGUGUUGUUAUGUCAUAUAAUAAAAUGGUACCGAAUGAGAUGAUUUUUGUACACGUACAUAAAAAUCGCAAGCAUAAAAUGCAAUGCUGUUAUACAAAUCGACCGUUACUGAUAAUAACAAUAAUAAUAAUAAGGACGUUGUGCGUCAAAUGGAUGAAUAUCGCAAGUUGUGGUGGCAGUUUUACCAUCAGUAGCAGUGAAAAUAGACAAAAGUUUUUCUCGGCGGAACUUUGUCUCAUUGUAUUACAACGAAAACGUAUAAAAUGAUGAUUUACAGUGAUAUAAUUAGCGCCGUUAAAUAAUAGAGUUUGUGGUUUGGGCGCAAUGUUCUGACGACGUUUAUUGGCAUCUGAUUUAGUGUGUACGUUUUUAGGUCUAACUGGUUACUGCACAUGGACUUAUUCUAGGUUUCUCGCACUUUCGUCAUUUAUAGCCUACAGUUAGGUUUUAACAGCCUUAACAUUAUUCAUGUUAAUGAUCUCUGUCAUUAGAAUCCCACUAGUUUAUGAGCAUCUUAACAUCCGGUGACAAUGUGAUAACAAUAAAUCGAGCGUGAUAACCGCUGGUGGUUCAAGGACUUGGGAGAUCCGUCUCAGCGCUGCCACUAAGCCACUCACUAGGUUGUACAAGCCGAGAAAACAUGUUGAAUGUCAUUAACAAAAUAUAGAUCGUAUUAUUUUAGCUGUUAUUUUCGUUCUGUUCGUAACGGACCCGCUUUUUUGUUCCUUUCGAAAUUAUUCUUGGGAUAGUUCUUCGUCGCCAGAGGACGCUUCUAUACGACAAUCGUUUGCAAGUACCCGUACACUGUCCUUCUAAAUGUGCGUAAUUAACAAGACGACCACACAGUUUUUUUGUUCGACAAACUGUACGAUUGCAAAGUAGUUUCGUACGAAAAUAUUAAUUUCUCGUAGAGAAAGAAGCGUAUUGCAACUAUUGUGUUAGAAGUUUUUUUUUGCUAAAAGCAAUAACUCUCUGACGUUAACAGUGGAUUAGUAACAUGUAGUGUUUCUGUAACCAUGAUAUGUAAACCGUUGGUUCUCUACUUGCAUUUAGGCGUUCGAUUCUUACGCGUUUCUUAUUCGAACUAUUAAAUUUUAUGUAAGUAUAGUUAUGACGUUACGACUUGGCUAAUUUACCUAUUUUAUUGAACCGUCUGUCCGUAUGUCUCAUGUCGGGCUAAUAUAUAACAUUAUUCUUAAAGACCUAUUGUCUAAUUGGAUCGAUGUAAUUACACUAUCUAUCUUGUACAAUUCAUAUAGCACAAAUAUGCACGACUAUGGACAUAAAAACCUAGAAGCAGCACGAGGAUAUGUAGUAUAGGAUCGUUAUGUUGACGUCAAUCGCGUUAUCAGAUCUGUUGAAACUUAGUGACAAGACACUUCGAUAGGAAAUAGAAUCGAGCGCCCCGCGCAACCUUUUUACCGUUUUCAUAUGAUUGUAAGCAAUGGUUAUAAUAGUAACGCUGUCGAUGACGAUGCCGAAGUCACUUGCUGAGCGCAUCUUGCAAAGUGUGAAUCAAACGAAAGACUAGAUGUUCAACCACCUAGUACAUGUGUAUAUCUAGCAACAAUACAGAAGUUUGUUUUGCAUCUGUUAAAUACUAUUCAAACAAUAGUGGAUUCUUCUCUAGGGAAGAUGAUGUAUAUAUCUAAUAGAUGAUAGUCGAUACUCGAACAGGAUGACAGUAAUGUCUGAACGCUGCUACUCAGACGCCGACGGCGACCACAGUAUAACUGCAUGAAACAACAGAAAUUCGCGUAUCAAGCACCGCUUGUGUUCUAUCCUAAGCAAACGAACAGAUGAACGGAUAAUAAAUCAUUUCCAUUAUAAUGACUAUAAUAAUGGCUGUACAGGCAAUAAUUAGCUAUGAUAAUGUAUGGCAAUUAUCAUAACGCCAAGAGGGGCAAAUAUCCAAUACGUCGGCCAUCGUUAAUCUAUAUCAUUUUGUCUCAACAGUAGCCAUAUCGACAUGGUUAGAGCUUAGAUUGCUACACUAUUGUUAUUAUAUUAUUUAUUAAAAUACUAGAUUAUUUAUAAAAAAAAAAAACAAAUGUAAACAUUGAAUAUAAUAAUAAACUCUGGAUGAACUACAUGCUGAAAUAAGGUUGAUAGCCGCGACGAUAGCGAAGCUCGACAUGAAUGGGCGCUCGUUCCCUGAGCGUGCGCGUUCAAGUCAAUGGUAACUCUGAUAAUGACUGGACCAACAUGAUUUGGCCAAGAGGCAGAGAUUAUCGGUUCUAUGACCACGUAUAUGCAGAGUCCUGUGUGUCCGUUCGAUUGAAUUCUACGCUGGUCGGAACAGAGAGUCGUUAUUGUUUACAGUCGCAAAAUUCGUAUGACAGCUUCUAACAUUUAAACGUUCAAGUUUGGGGCCAGUGGUGGCAUUGCGUUCGAGUUUUGAUCCAUUUAAACCAGUUCUACGCGUCCAAAGAGCACAAGCAUCGCUGAUUAGGAAAAAAAAAACGCUAUACCUUGGCUGAAACGUAGAAUGAAGGAGAAUUCUAAGCGGAUAAUAGCAAGGGGUCAGAAUGCAUCAGCUUAAUGAAUACACACACCUGUGGGCUUUGAAUCAAGCAAUAAUAAUCAACGGGCAAUUAGCUAGGAACAACGUGAGGGAUACCGUUACAGGCUAGUCAUCAGUCGCAGGACUUGACAUCGCCGGUGAAGGUGCCACGUAGCGAAUUUGCUCCCGUUCAUAAGGUAUCGAGAACUCAGAUCAAUUGUUGUCACCUAUUUAGUCAGACUGUCUUCCGCAAAAAACUGAAUAGGAUAGAAAUACGCCAGCUAGUUAACUAGGUUAUCUCACAACUGAGCAUAGCUCGAAAACGGUUACGAUAGGGAUCAUCAAGAGACAACUGAGCGCGUAGGAAAUAAUCACUUUGUAACUAAGCAGCUUUGAGAAGCAAGGUAGCACUUAGAGAACAGUCGAUUCUCUGACAUCGGGCAACGCAUUACGGGAGAAUCUUUCUUCCGUUCUGCCCGAACUAAGAUCUAUACUAAACUUAGAAGGUGCCAAGUAUUUGAAUGCCGGUGGAGUUUCAUAGUAUUGCAUUGUUUGUCGGUUGAGACAUAAACGCUGAUUCAAGCUAACUAACACACGACAUUAUACUUAGAACAAAGUUUUUAAUCAGGUAUUGUGGCGACUGUACGACCGAGUCUAUUCGUACUCCGCGCGUUUGGGGGUCGCGUCAGAUCGAUUUGUAUAUAUGGCAUUGCUAAUUAUGGAGGCACUUUUACUGAUUAAUCACCACCGUUCAAAGAUCUCCGAAAGCUGUUCAAAUCAUUGCUGGAACAGUUUCUUUUUGAAGAUAUUAGCUAAGGAAUGUGUGCAUAAAUAAUUGGAUACUUGAUAUUCUCAAUGGCGAUUGUUAGGCCUCGUCCAAGGCUCCCCUGUCAAAAUGUAAAAUGGCUCGAAAUAUUGCUACUAAUCGCUAUGAAGUUCAUCGUGUCGGCCUUGGUAUUUUUCAUGCAUCAAAGCCAUACGAUAUCGAUGAAGGAUCAAUGUCAAAACGACAUUCAAACGAGUCUAGCUUCUGAGAGCAUUGAUUUGAAAAUAUCAUGAUGAUUUUUGCACCAGUGAAUUCUUGAGCUAUGUCUAAGCAAAUCAUCAAAGCUUUGCACCAAAAAAUAUAGACGCUUUUUCGUCAAUUGGAAACAAUUUUUUUUUUUUGCCUAUCUAGGGCCUUCCUCUGUCACAACUCUGUCAUAACAAUGCCCAAUUUUUAACACCAAAAAAAAUAGCGACAGUUUAAUGAGAAUAGCAAAUUCAGUAUCGGAAAAGAAUAUCCGAUGUAGACUGAAGAAUGCGCAUGCCCACGUUCGCUCAGGUGAUGUGCUCAGCUGCUUGAAAGGCGGAACAAUAACCAGAUCUCGGAUCAGUAAAAGCACAUUAUACGAACUAAGAGUUGACGUAACGUCUGUAUAGAAAAACGGUAGAAAAGACAGUGACACAGCGAAACAUGACAAAACGAUAGUUCGCUGUGUAGCGUGAAUAGCGUACACGUGCAAUGAGCGUUCCAUGACGGAACGAUGAAAACAGAUUAAGCGGGAUGAUACGCCGGGGCUGCGGAGGCGGUAGCGUUCGAGAUCCAUCUCGCUAACAGGGGAUCAACGAGCUCUGCUCAAUGCUCACGCGCUGUGAUACCGUCAAGAUUUGUGUGUGAUUCCGUAUGCACGUCGGAGAAGUCGGGCGAAAGUUUAUUCAAUUCGCAAAAGCUUGUAUAUUCGAUCAGAAAGUGACUUUAAAACAGCAUCUCAAAUCAAAUAUCAAUAGCAAUAAGCGGUUAUAAUAAUAACAAUGGCUCCUGAUGAUAGUUGUGCUGCUACAGAUAUUAGCCACAAAUAUUUUUAAUGGGAAUCUUCUCUAGGCUGGCAUCAGUACUCAGACGUUCCUAAUAUGAAAUGAAGUUCUGCUCAUGCGUCUUGAAUGCUAAAAUAGCUCGAGUCGUAUCUGCUGUUCCCCUCAGGAACAUGGAUGUGUUUAUGGUGCAGCUUAAACAUAAACUGGAGCCAGUUCGAUGGUUUAUUAAGUACUCAGUGGGAAAGGAUAUUAUACAUUGGAUUUUAAUAGGCAAAGGCAGACAGCGAGGAAAAAUGGAAAACCUCUUCUUUCGUUAGAGGUGUAAACGCAGAUAACAUCUACAACAACGUACUGCAAUAUAACUGACUGAACAUACCAUUGUUCAAACUAUAAUUGUAUAUAAGAACCUAUAAUAGAUUACUAUAUAUAUAUAUAUAUACAUAUGAUAAUGCCGAUGCAGACGACAGUAAUCAAUUGUUAAAACAUUCAAAGAAUUAUAAUUAAUUAUAGCACUACUACUUGAAUCAUUUAUUAUAUGUAGUACGUAGCGUAUACAAUACUCAUUAAGUGCGAACAAUCGCGCAUACCGUAUUUUUCUCUCUACUGAAAAUCGAACAGAGACGAACUUUUAAUUAUAUUAUUAUUAAUGUUCGAGGCGAAUUGUGACGCAUUUUCUGAUACAAAGGACGAGUAUAAAGGGUAGUGACCAGACUUGCAACCCGGUUGAACUACCGCCUGGGCGUAGGAUACGCCUACGUAAUUUGCAGAUGAUCUACAUAGGCGUGGCGUAAGGCUGACGGGAACGCAAAAAAUGCAUGCAAGAGGCCGUGUUUACGGAAGGUGACGAGAGUGGUGCGGGGUCCCGCCGCAUGCAACGAGAUCUAGCGUAAGCUUUGAACGGUUUUCGAAGUUCAUGAAUGAUUGACAAUAAGUCAAACGAGGACCUACGCGGCAUAGUUUUAUGAGUGAUUAUUUGAGUCAGGGUACGGUCACACCGAUUGACGUCGCAACGCUAAAAGGAACUAAUUACCUCCAUAUCCUCCUAUUGUUCAUCAAUGGUAUUUGAUAAAAUACCUAAAUCGACUUUAGACCUGUCCGUGACCGAUUAUUUGCAAAGUCACAAUAAAACUGGACGGUGCUUACGUAUUAUAGACUCAGUAUAGAACCAAGCAAUCAGUAGUCACAAAUGUACAAAAUCGUACACUAAACGACAGAAAGAAAGAAAGAAAGAAAAUUGACAAAAUCAUUGUUGUUAUUCAAUAGGUCUAAUGAUUGCGGCAGACGUAAGUUUACAUGGAAAUUCCCUAAAAGUACAUAAGUUUUUCAGCAGUUAAAAAAAAUAUACUCAGUCAUCAGGAAGGGUGGAUGUGUGCAAAUGAUUUGAUGUAUUUAUCUCGCUAGUUUUUUUUUCUCUGAUUGUUGCUUGAGAAUAAAACGAAUGGAUAUAUUAGAAACGAAGUGGAUAGAAGUAGCACGAUUGACAGGACACUUACGCAGGUGCACGAGAUGAUAUUUACAUCAGUGAGCGGCACCAACCAAAAAACAUGGCUGUAACUAACUCGCUAAUGGCGCGUCCUCGAUGGUGUUUAAGUGACGUUAGAAAUAUACACCAAUUAGAUAAACGGUGCGCUGUAAAUUAUCAGGCUAACGACUGGAUGAACGGGACGAAAGUGCGUGCGUUCGGGUAGGAGAUCUAAUCCUUGCAAAUAACCCCUCAGUAAUACGCUAGUAGAGAUCAUAGCGGAUAAUAAUUACGAUAACCCUAGGACAGGAGGAUAAAAUAGGACAAAGUAUACCAUACCAUAACAUCAGAGAAAAAUAAUCACCUGUUAAUUGUAUGGUAACAGCAAAAGACUACGCGAGCAACUAUAAGAGACAGUGCGUGCAGAUGACUGAAUAACUGAUAAUUGCAAAACCAAUGAUGAGAAUCCAACAUAUUCAUUGGCUGGCUACGAAAUUGACGAAAAGAUGCAUCAACCUUCUGCUGAAUUCAUCGUUGUGAGUGUUUACGCUACCAGGUGGCAACGGCUACGCUGAAAACUCCUGGUGAAAAUAGUAUAGGAUAAUCGUUACCGAGAUUGCUACAGCUGUAUAGCUAUCUAUCGUUACAUAUGGCUCCAUCACCUGUAUAUUGGACCUGAUAUGAAGGAAAAAGGUUUUGAGAUGCAAAUGAAAAAACCGAAUAAUGGCAAAUACAUGAAUAGUACAGUCAUGGACACGUUCGACAGGUCGACGUAGGCAAAGGUUGGGAGAAUGGGGCACGCGGACAAGCAAAGUCUAAUGAAGACGCGAUCGACUGUCACAAUGUGACGAUCCGCCCACUGUAGGAACUAGCACGAGCUAGCUAAGCUAGCAAGGUCUCGCAUUGCUCACCAAUAUGUGUCGUCGGCACCGUUUAUGCUAAUCCUAUUGAUGGCGAGACUACACAGAACUGAGUGGGAAAACGUAGACCAUUUCCUAUAGUAGACAAUGCUAAAUGAAGAUCUGCGAAUAAAGUUGGGAUUUAAGUAGUAGUCGAUAUACAACGAGUAAGAAACACCCGGCGACGAAGGAAUAAUAAAGUAGUCAUAAUAAUAAAAAUUAUAAUAGUAACAAUAGUUAGAAAAAAUUAAAUGGAAAGUUAUUAUAGUAGACAUGAAGUAAUAACGAUUAUGAAAGAGGAAGAGGAUUAUGAGGAGAGAGAUGAUACUAAUGAUAAAACAAAUUAAUAGUAAUCAUGUAAAGCUAAUAAGAAUAAAUAAAAU